GGCAGCACAAGUUUCCUCAGCGCUAUGUCAUUCAAACAUUUCCUGAUUCCUAUCAGGCGAUCUCCACUACUGCAUAUAAAGCUACAUUGUUGAUAACGGUUCAACCUACAGCUCCAACAGACAUCGUUUGGUUUGUGAGACGUUUUUUGUGUUGUUAUGGCAGACGAUAGGAUGGUCGCCGGGAAUCGCGUUUAGCUGAUGUAUCUCCAUUAAACGCAGUCAAACCUGAAAUCUGGCUGGCCCUCGACUUGAAAAUAUUAACGGGGACUGGGAAAACACCAUGGACGCUCCCCAGUAUCCAGGCUACCCUUCACACUACUGGUAUCCCCAGUCUCAUUCAACAGGACACUAUGCAAACUCAUACCCCUCGGGAUCAGAUGUUCAGCCACAGUACAGCCCACAGGUAAUGCCUGGAGGUUAUCCAAAUGGCCACGGCGUCUACAGCCCAGCGCAGAAUCAAUACUCUACAAGUGGUUUCCACCCAUCCAACCCUUUCUACUGUGCUGACCCUCAGAGACCAGCUCCAGGCCCUUAUCCUAACCAGGGCUGUCCAGCUGAACAGAGCAGUGGGCCAUCUGGACAGCCACAUUCUCAACACCAACAUCAUCACUAUCCUGGGCCACACUGUCAAGGGGGUGCUGGGUAUCCUGGACCGUACACUCACUACAGUGAAGGUGGUCAUGCAAUGCCUCCAAAUCCCCCCUACCCCACUGGUCAGCCUCUUCACCCGAGCCCCCAGAGUGAUGGAUGGACACACUCUGGUGCGUAUGCCCCCCCUUCACAGCAGCAGUGGCAACCAGGCCAGCAGCCUCCACAAAACCACUACGGGAACCCCGUACGCCCAGCUCACCCUCCAGCAUGGCCUGGGACUGGGAGUGGGGCCCCACCACCUUAUCAGCCCAAGGACCAACAGCACCAGCGUCCUCCACCAGUGGGGCCUAAACCCAGACCACCCCCACCCUCAAAUCAACCUAACGGAAAGCCUGCUGAAAUAAGUUCACCUCCCCAAAUGUACAACAGAACGGGACGGGGCGAGCCUAAUCCUUCACAGGCAGAACCCCCUCCCUCAGCCCCAUCCCAGGCUCCUGCUGCAGCUCCAGUCACGGCUCCUGCCCCGUCUCAGCCCCAGAGCCAGAACCCUGGCCUAGCCAAGGUCCAGCAGGUAAUGUCCAGAGUUCUGCUGCUUCAGGAAGAUGUGGACGAGUUUGUGGGGAAAAAGACGGACAAGAGUUAUCGUUGUCUGGAGGAACUGCUGACCAAAGAGCUGCUGGAACUGGACUCUGUGGAGACUCAGGGACAGGAGAACGUUCGGCUAGCCCGGAAGGAGGCUGUUCAGAGGAUCCAGGCCAUCCUGGACCAGCUGGAGAAGAAAGCUUUCUGAACUUAACUGGACUUAUGUAUUGUUUUGUGGGUCACUAAGUCUCUGUUUCUUCUCCAGAUCUUCCAUGAACAUAAGGGUCUAAGUGUUGUUCCUCAGAGCGUUGUUCUCUUUAGGUUUUUUUUCCAUCAACAUAUAAACCAUCUGAAGUAGAUACCUAGGAACAAAACCAAGGAAUUACUGUAACCUGUAACCUUUUGAAGCCUAAUUUUGCUGGUAUGAAUAAUUUGCUAGAAUUAGAAGCGCAGACUGGUGGUUGGACAUAUCAAACAUGACUCAGCCUCAGUAAGUGACUGUGCUGGAGAUACAACCUGACACUUUAGCUCAGUUCAUCUUUUAUGUCAUGCCUUUACCAGCAUAAAGCCGGGAAGAGUCUAUGGAAGAUGGACUUAUUUAGUGCCACAUUACAACCAGUCGUGGUCUCAAACAGAUCCAGUAUACCUUCAUGCUGUCCCUCAGGAUUGUAGGUUGGUUUCAGGCUGAUCCUACAUCUUAACCUGUGCACUUCGUUAGCUGUCUACUAACAUAUUUCAGUCCAUCUGCAUGAACGCCAUGUUGUUCAAUAGGCCCCAUAAGUCACAUCCGGUUCUUUGCAGGAAUAGGUGCAAUUCUUUUCCUUUAAAAUGUGCUUCACGCCCCGCAUGCACUAAUGUCAGACAAGAAGCGAGUACAGUGGUGACAUUUCUGAGCUCAUAAUUGGGCCGAGAACGUAGCAGAUUAGUGAAAACCCCUGAAGAUUGCUGUCCCAUUUCUUCCAUCUUUUGGAUGAAAUUACCUCCUAAGUGAAGACCUAGAAUCAGACCUACAUAUGAAUGCUGUGUAUUUCUUAAUAGAAACUACUGUUAUUACAGGUAUAUAGGUAGAAGUUUUAAAGGAAAUGAAACGCUGUUAAAUUAAGUUCUUUCUAUCCCUUUUGAAAACUUAGAAUAUAUCUAUGAUUAAGCAAGAGAACUGUAUUUUUCAGGAUUACGUGUUCAAUCAGUUGUUGUUAAUGUUAAAGGAAAAGAUGCUCUUUAAUGUUUUCAUUUAUGUAUGUAGGUUGCAGCACGUGGAACAAUUGUUUGAUUUGGUUCUGUUUACUUUAGCUCUAAUGUUUCUUGUUAUAUCAAUCCUAUAUUUGCAUCACAAUCCAUUUUCUUGUGUAGAGCAAGUCUUUUUUUUUUCAAUCAUUCUUGAUGUGUUGAUUAAGAAAAAAGAGUGCCAUAUUUCAGGGGAUGGUUUUAUAUUAUUAGAAGAAAAAAAUAAAAAGAAGAACAUAAGCUUUGCAUGAAAAAAAUCAUCUGUCAUAUGUGUUCAUUUUCCUGUGCUGCCAUGUUUCUGUUUGGAUGGAGCACAACUGUACAGUUUAACAUGUUAUGCAUGUUUCCAAGUCAAGAUGGGAGUCUCUGCCUGGAAAAUAUUGAAAUGAUUACAUGAGAAAAUAGAAGAGAAAAUGAUUAAAUGUCAGUAUAUUUUUUAA